AAACCGCAACGAAGAAAGCAUGGCUGAAGCACAAGGUCACGUGACUCCAAUCCGACAAUUAAUGUAGCAUCGCUGUCGAAUGAUCAUUUAUUUACAUCAAUGGUGCAGUUGUAUUUGUAAACUGAUGUUAAAAUCAUGGGAGAGAAAGGACAACAAUCAACCCAGCAGCCUAUCGUUAAGAUAGGACAUUACACUUUAGGACAGACAUUAGGAGUUGGGACCUUCGGUAAAGUGAAAAUUGGUGAACAUCAGCUUACAAAUCACAAAGUUGCUGUUAAAAUAUUAAACAGGCAAAAAAUCAAAAGUCUUGAUGUUGUUGGAAAGAUUAGAAGAGAAAUACAAAAUUUAAAACUCUUUCGUCAUCCUCAUAUAAUAAAACUGUAUCAAGUGAUAAGCACACCAACAGAUAUUUUUAUGAUAAUGGAAUAUGUUUCUGGAGGUGAACUUUUUGACUACAUUGUUAAAAAUGGAAAGCUCAAGGAGUAUGAAGCACGCCGUUUCUUCCAACAGAUAAUAUCUGGUGUUGACUACUGUCACAGACAUAUGAUUGUUCAUCGAGAUUUGAAACCAGAGAAUCUACUCCUUGAUCACAACUUGCAUGUGAAAAUUGCUGACUUUGGCCUGUCAAACAUGAUGAUGGACGGAGAAUUCCUGAGGACAAGCUGCGGUUCUCCAAACUAUGCUGCUCCAGAAGUCAUAUCUGGGAAGUUGUAUGCUGGCCCUGAAGUUGAUAUUUGGUCCUGCGGUGUGAUUCUUUAUGCGUUAUUGUGUGGUACCCUGCCCUUUGAUGAUGAACAUGUUCCAACACUGUUCCGGAAAAUAAAAUCGGGGGUAUUCCCUAUACCUGAAUACUUAAAUAAGCAGGUUGUUAGUCUGCUUUGCCAUAUGCUUCAGGUGGACCCUAUGAAGAGAGCUACAAUUGAAGACAUAAAGAAACAUGAGUGGUUCCAGAAAGAGUUACCAGCAUACUUAUUUCCAUCUCCAGUAGAACAGGAUGCAUCUGUUAUUGAUACUGAUGCAGUUAAUGAAGUUUGUGAGAAAUUUGGUGUGAAGGAACAUGAAGUUCACAAUGCCUUGCUGAGUGGUAAUCCUCAUGAUCAGCUUGCUAUUGCGUACCAUUUAAUAAUUGACAAUAAAAGAAUUGCCGAUGAAGCUGCAAAGGCAGAGCUCAAAGAUUUUUAUGUUGCAAGCAGUCCUCCACCUGUUUCAUUUAGCCCAAAUGAGCUGAAUCCUAGUCCUAUUCGACCACAUCCUGAAAGAAUAGCGCCUGCCAUUCGUGAUAAAGCUAUUGCUACAAGCAAUAGUGGGGCAACUGACAGACGCUCUAGAGGAACUCCAGUCAAAAGAGCUAAGUGGCAUUUGGGUAUUAGAUCACAGAGCAAACCCAAUGACAUUAUGAAUGAAGUCUACAGAGCAAUGAAAGCGCUAAACUAUGAUUGGAAAGUUAUUAAUCCUUACCACGUACGUGUUCGACACAAGAAUGAACUAACUGGAAAAUAUGUUAAGAUGUCACUGCAACUAUAUCAAGUUGAUUAUAAAAGUUAUCUUUUGGACUUCAAAAGCCUUAGCAGUGAAGCUAGUGAAGAUAGUGAAAGCAUGAUCUUAUCAUCAGGAGAAGAACCAAAACCAGCUGUAACUGCACCUGUAGAGUCAAGUGAACAGCAGCAGAAGCAAACUGGUCAUCAUACAAUGGAGUUUUUUGAGAUGUGUGCAGCCUUGAUCACUCAGCUUGCUCGCUGACAUCUGUCGUAAUAGUCACUGAUCCAUACAGUGGCUAUAUAUUCAGUUGCAGAAGAUAUGAUACUAAAGUGGUUUGCCACUGUUCUUCUAUGGCUGUAUAUGAGGAGACCAAUUGUCCAAAGAUCAAGCGACAAGUUUAGUUGUAAUGUUGUGAUUUCAGCGUAAAACAUUCAAAGAAAUUUAAAAGUUACCUUCAAAGUCACAUAUAUAGGAGCCUUUUUUGUUAGUAUUAUAGUAAUUGAAAGGUUGUUAUUUAUAGCUAUUUAGGAUUUUAAGUGCAGAAACGGAUGACUGGUAUGGUAUUGCCAGUAUUUUUGUGCUCAUACCCUAAGCUACAGGCAUUAAUCUAAACAGUUGACUGGUAGAGAAAUGCAGCAUUUUACAAAUAUGCUCUUGUACAAGAAACUGUUGAAGAAAACUAAGUGCAACUUUUAAGAAGCGACAAGAAAUACAUUUUGCCCUAUUAAGGUUAUAUAUGACCACUUAAUGUGUAAUGUUAGCACUUCCAGUUUAUCUGAGUUCACGAACAAUUCUCUGUUAUAAAAAGUUCAUUUUAUUCUUACGUACCACCUUCUGUUUCACAUGGGUGCCAUGCAUUCUGAUACAGAUUGUUUGCUCCAUGUGAAGUCUCUGUCAUUGCACAGCUGGUAUUAGAACACCUUUGGUAAUCUUUUGACAGUUGUAGUGCCCGGACCAACCUCACCAUUUGUCAGUGUCUCUGAAUUGAAUCUUGCGAGAGGGUAAAUGGUGAGGGAUGGAUAGAGGCACAAAGGCACAUUGGAAUGAAUAAAAGCAAAAGCUUGGAUCAUCCUCGCUAUAACAUUCACAAGAAGAAUUUUUCCAUUUGUAUCUUUCUGCAACACAAUUUCAGCUAACUGUUCAUCCACACAUUCUGAUUUCAUCAGUUGUAUGUUUUCAUCCCACUACAGGGUGUAGGAGCACUUGUAAGAAGAAGGUGGAAACCUUUCAUAAAUUGAUAGAUUGGAUCCUUCCAACAUGUCUGUCAUCAAUUAAACAUGGACAAAGUGAAACUAAUGUGGCUUGUAAGUUACCUUGUCAGUAACAGAGACAUCUUGCCCACACUUCUGAAACCAGCUCUAUCCUCAGAAUCUGAUGAGCCACAAAAGAGAACACACAAUGGUUGUCCUUUUACUGCCAAGUGCUUGAACAGGUUGCACAAUUUUUCAUAGCCUUCGAGCCUAAUGUGUAACCAUGAACUAGCCAAAAUUCUCAGCGUGAAGAUUAGGUGACUGUCUUAAUGUCAUUGUCGCUGUCUAAGCUGUUAUAGUGAACAUGUAGUCUAACCCUUUCUUAUAGAAUUGUGAAAGAUUGCAGCAAUUUGUUCAAAUGUAGAUUCACAAGAAUAUUAUAUUGUGUCAUGUUCAGAGAGCAAGCUAAAAACCUUUUCCUCCCUUUUAACAUUGUAAGCUGUUGAUAGAUAUCUCCUUACAUCUUGGUGCGAAAGUAGUACCUCUAGUUUCCAACAGAUAGCAGAAAAAUGUGGUCUUAUGUAGCACUCUACAGCUAGCAAAGCUCAGGUUACCAUCAUUCUUUAUGUUACCCUAUAGAGUGAGUAUUGACUUAUCUCCUGGCAUUAAGGAUUAAAUAAUAAAGGGUGUUUCAAAAUUUUUUAUUCGAUUUCACAAGACUAUCUUGUAUGUGAAUGAAGAUACGAAUUUAUACUCGUGUAUUAGAUUAUGACGUUUUUGUUUUCAGAAGAACCCUCUGAUUUUAAAAGGGGAUAUCUUUUACAUGCGUACAACCUUGUUGUACUUUUUACAACUAUACUUAAGAUCAAAGGUUUCAUUUACCUUCAACAAAUGUUCAGUGUCGCUUCCACUGGACACAUGACAAACAACCAGAUGAUAGUCAAAGUCAUCUCACACUUUUACAAGCACUCACUACUGUUUCUAUGCCCUGUCACAGUUCACCAAAAGUUGUUGGAAGGGGAGGCACAUAGACAGAGUUCCAUAGUUUAAAAAAUAAAAAUAAAAUAAACUCACUAGUUAUACUCAGCAAGCCUGGAGACCAAUGGUGCAAUGUACACCCCAUGCGGUAGAUGCACUGUCACAGUAGUCAUGAAAAUGCUGCUGCACAGGUGUAAGAGAAAUGCACCUGUUGAAAAAGAGAAUGCAAAAUGCCCUUUUGUCACCACAUUAUUACCAUUUUGACUUGAUGCACCUUGGGUAAUGUCCAACCAAGCAAACAAGCUAGCUGCAGCAGCUAGACCACUACCAACAGCUGCAUGAACUGACAGCUUACAGCUGGAGCCAAGAUAAAUUUGAUACUUAAAUUAAAAUUUACUUGAGUUUAUAUCUUCGUUCAUGUAGAAUAUAUAGUCUUGUGAAAUUGGAUGAAUCUUAUGGAAACAUGCUGUAUAUUGACUAUAGAACAAUAUUAUUUAUGUUGUGGUCGUCAGGAGUCAGAAAGCCAUUAACAUUAAUUGUUUUUAAAUCUUUCAGUUUUAAUGUUUCAGUCAAUGGGUGAAACUGUACAACAAGAAAAGUGGAAAAACUUUGGAAGCCUGAAUGAAAGUUCCCUUCAUCCACCACAUAUUUAAUUCAUACUAAAGAAGAAAAAAAUUAAGUUUUCUUUUGAAACUUUUUGGAAUUUUUUAACAUCUUGAAGAAUUUAAAGUCUGGUUCUUCAUCAAAUCAGUGUCCGUUUUUCUUCUCUAAGUAUCAAAAACGUAGAUUCAAUUUCAUGUUGUACUUAAGCAUAUACAAAACUACCUUCAUAGAUUCCAAGCAAAACUUAUGAGGUAGGGGUUCCAUUUUUGUCAGUUCCAUUAUUUUGUAAGUACUGGUGAUGUAAUGCUUUUAUGUGAAAUGUUCUUCUCUCAUUUGGUGUACCAACUGCUUUGUUUAAUUUGCCUCAGUUUGCAUUCAGGAUAAGAGAUUCUCCUUUAAUGCUGCCCUCGCUUCAUCACCAUGUUGUGUAAAUCUGUUACUGUUCAUUUUGAUGAUUUGGAUUAAAUUCUACUUUUCACUCAAUUUAGUAGUCAUGUCACAUACUACUAUUAUUUUUUCCCAUCCUUAUAGGACAUCAUUGCUUUCGGCUCUAUUUGGUAUGUGGGGACCACAUCAUAUAUUGAUGAGACACAGUGUUAAUCAUCUUUCUUCUGUCUAUUGUACACUUAUUAUCACUUUGUUCCUAUAUGCUGCAAGUGUUCCACUGCUUUAAGCUGCCCAGUCUCUUCUUACAUGCCUGCUUCCACUGAUAAUCUUUCUGCCUCCUCUUUCUGUACAUGUUGUGGAAGCCAGAAGUGUGUAUGUGUACAGUCCUUAUCAGAUGUGCUUUGGCUUAUGAAGAUGGUUCACCAGUAUAUUUCCUUCUGAUGUUAUUUUGACUGAGUUUUAUAAUGGUGCUGCUUCUAAAACCCUCAGAACUUUUUGCUCCAGACAUUAGUCAUUGCAAGAUGAUACUCGAUAAGUCAUCACUGGUGUUACUGUGUGACAUGUCAAGUUUACUUUCUGUAGCUGCCAACAAAUAUAAUGUGAUAAAAUUGUCCCUAAGACCGUAAACGUAUCGAAACUGUACAUAGCACCUGUGCAAUGUGAGUGUAUAAUUUGUCAUGUGAUAAACAUUAUUUUUACCAAUGAUGAUAAUUUUAAAAGGUUUCUUCUGUGCAGUCACUGCAUGUCUUAUGAAGACAAUGUGUGUGAUAGCUCUUCAAAUGCCUAAAAAGUGACAGAAACUUUCAGGUCUGUAUUUUCUGCAUAGUAAUAAUGAUAAAACUAAACUGAUAACAUGUUAUAUUAUUUAUUGUAUAAUUAGUUAGUUCUUAUAACAGAUACUUACUUUUUUUCAUCAUCUACAAAAAAGUAUUAUAAUGUGCACCAAAAGAAAGCAAUAGAAAGUGUGUGUGUAAAAGAGAGAGAGAGAGAGAGAGAGAGAAUUUUUAAUCAGUGAAUCUGAACUGUUCAUGAUGUGAAACUAAACUGUAAAUAAUUAUUAUGAAACAGUGUGAUGAACAAUGGACAUAUUUUAUACCUUUGAUGAGUUAUUAAUUACUCAAGAGGACUUGGAAUGUUCAACUAUGUUAGUUUAUAAUAGUAAAACUACUGAAGAAAUAACCAUUUGUCAGAAAGAAUGCUAACAAGGAAGAAAAUUGGUUGUGGGGGAGUUAUGGAGGUGAGGAAUACUGAAAAAGGGGGGGGGGAGGGUAGAAGAGAAAAAAGGUGUGAAAUAAUUGUCAAAAUAAUAACUGUUCUAUUCCUAUUGAGAAACUGCUAAAUGAUUGAAGUCACAUAUAAUAUUGAUAUUUCCAUCAUUUCCUUUUAAUGAACGGAAAUAUAUUUCUAAAACUUAAGUUUUCUAGAAUUAAUUAGUUCUUGUGGCGUCUUGUCUGUCUGACCUGUGCCUAAUAGGAAAGGUAUAAUGUGAGUCACAUUUGUAAAUUAUUCUAAAGAAACUUUGCAAGACGACAUUAUUGCGUUACUUCAUUGUCAUGUUACUCAUUAAAAUUAUAAAAGUGUGGGAGAGGUUUUCUUUUAAGUGUACCAUUCCUAAAUUAAAUUUAACUUAACAAAAGGAAGAAAGUCACCUAUUCAGUUGUCACUGAAUACACAUAAUGUGAUAAUUUAGAGACAAUGACAUCAGAAUAAAAGAAGAAUAACAUUAGAAAAUGUAGCUUUAUCCUAAAGAAAUAAUUAAGUGAGCUUAAGAAUUAAAAUGCUAGUCAGAAACAUAUUCUACAUACUCCAGUAAAAGCAAUGGUUAGAUCAUGUCCACCAGGAUUCAUCCUUUUCAUUGCCCUAGCAAUAAAAUGAAAAAAUUAGUACUACAUCUUAAACUGUAGAACUGGAGGAAUAUAGCUGUGGUAGUAGAGUAGAGGAAAAUGAAUUUCUUGAUUGCAGUCUUUUUAACAAUCAAGACAUACAAAGUAUUGAUUGCAUUCCCCAUCUGUAUGUUAGAUCUCUACUGACUUGAAAGUUCCAAAAUGAUGCAUGUUUUCAUAUGUAUUUAUAUAUAUAUAUAUAUUUAGCAAAUUUAUUUUUUUAAAGUUAUUGAUGAAAAACUGAGAAAUGUAAAUAAAUUCUGUCAUACCUAAUUAAUGAAUGUUACACUGUGUGAAAUGAUGUGCUUGAUAUUCAUUGGCAAUUAAGAGGCUGACAUAUGUAACAUAAAAAAUGAAAUAAAAGGAUAAAGAGACA